AAUUUUAGUUUAAAAAUGAACGAUUCGAUUUCAUUCCUGUCAUUCAUUCAUCAUCAUCGUCUUAUGUCAAAGUUUCGAUUUUUGAUCCAAGCUGAAUUUUUCGUAAAGUUUUUUUUCCCCGACGAAGAACGAACCAACAAUGUCCACCACCGCUAUUUCAUCAUCGCAAUCAUCGAUUAUUGAAAGUGAUCUACGAAAACUCAUUAGCCAAGCAAAACGAUUACCAUCCGAUGAUUUAGAACCAUGUAAAGAUUGGACCCGUCAGGAAAUUAAACGUGCUCAAAAAUUAUCCGAAAAAAUCAAUUGUUUAAUGAUCAAAUCAUCAACAAUUAUAAGAUCAGAAUUAUUUAAUGAAUCACGUGAUUGUUGUAAUCAUUUAGAUCAAUGGAUAAAACGUUUAGAAAUGAAUUUAAAAUCAACAAAUCAUUCAACAUAUCAUACAUUGGCCGAUUUAGGUAAAGCUAAUCAAACAAAAUGAAAAAAUAUUUUUUCGUUUUGUUUGUAACACAAAUCA